GUACUCGUGCACCCCAUUAUCUUUCAACCUUAUUGAUUAAGUAACUUUUAUAUAUAUUGUUGGUACUAUAUAAUAAUUUUUUGUGUCUUUCACAUCAUAUUAAUUUGGGUAUGGCAAGUAGUAGUAGUAGUGUUACUGGAGGGACAGGGUCACCAUGUGGUGCAUGCAAAUUUCUAAGAAGAAAAUGUGUUGUUGAUUGUAUAUUUGCACCUUAUUUUAACUCAGAGGAAGGUCCUUCAAAAUUUGCUGCAAUUCAUAAAGUGUUUGGAGCAAGUAAUGUGUCUAAAUUGUUGCAUAAUGUACCUGUGGAUGAUCGUUGUGAUGCUGUUGUUACAAUUGCUUAUGAAGCACAAGCUAGGAUUAAAGAUCCUGUCUAUGGUUGUGUUGCCAACAUCUUUGCUUUACAGCAACAGGUAGCAUACUUACAGUCUCAAGUGAUGCAAGUGAAAGCUCAGCUAGCUCAAAGCUUAAUCAAUAAUUCAAACAAUUCUUAUAAUCCUCAAUGGAUCAUCAACAACAACAAUAAUAAUGUAGCAUCAAGUGGGCAAAUGACAACUUCAUCAUCCUUUCCAGCUAAUUAUCCAAAUUAUUAUAUUAAUGUGAAGUCCAACUCAUCACCACAAAGCUCAUCAAUGGAGUCUGCUGAUCAUUAUAGUGAUGGCCAUGGGAUGAGUAUGCAAGACAUACAUAGCCUAGACCAAUUUUUGUAUCAGCCUUAUACUAGCUAGUAGAAUAGGAAUUUUACACUUUCAUAAACGUGCUUGGGCAAACCCUCAAGCAUUUUUUUUUUAGGAUGAGGGUAAAUCGAGUCUUUUUUCUACUUAAUGGACAAAGUUACUUGAUAACGAUAUUGUACCGGUAAGAAAUAACAGGUGUUUAAUGAAAUAGUUAAUACACGCAAGUUAGUCCGGACACUGUUCGGAAAAUGAAUCAUUUAGGUAGGUUGGGGGCAAGGAAAAAAAAUCACUU